GGGCGUGAGGCGAAGGGGGGCUUGUCCCGCGGGCCCCGCCCAUGGCCCCGGGGGGCCCGGACCCGCCCCGACGUGUCGGGCUAGGACCCGGGGCGGCGGCGACGACGGCGACGACGACCACCGCGGGGGUCGGGCCCGGCCGGGACUAGGGGUCGUCGUCGUCCCCCCUCGCCUCACACCCCCCCACGGCCGCCGCCAUGUCGGCCAAGGUGCGGCUGAAGAAGCUGGAGCAGCUGCUCCUGGACGGGCCGUGGCGGAACGAGGGCGCCCUGAGCGUGGAGACCCUGCUGGACGUCCUGCUCUGCCUCUGCACCGAGUGCGGCCAGCCCGCCCUGCGAAGGGACAAGUACGUGGCCGACUUCCUCGACUGGGCAAAGCCGUUUACCCAGCUGGUAAAGGAAAUGCAACUUCAUCGAGAUGACUUUGAAAUCAUAAAAGUAAUCGGAAGAGGUGCAUUUGGCGAGGUUGCAGUUGUUAAAAUGAAGAGCACUGAACGCAUUUAUGCAAUGAAAAUCCUAAACAAAUGGGAAAUGCUUAAAAGAGCAGAGACAGCUUGUUUCCGAGAAGAGAGAGAUGUAUUGGUGAAUGGUGAUUGCCAGUGGAUCACUACAUUACACUACGCCUUUCAAGACGAGAACUAUUUGUAUUUAGUAAUGGACUACUAUGUGGGUGGUGAUUUACUGACCCUCCUCAGUAAGUUCGAGGACAAACUUCCCGAAGAUAUGGCAAGAUUCUACAUUGGCGAAAUGGUGCUGGCCAUACACUCCAUUCAUCAGUUGCAUUAUGUGCACAGGGAUAUUAAGCCUGACAACGUGCUUUUGGACAUGAAUGGCCAUAUUCGCCUUGCAGACUUCGGAUCUUGUUUGAAGAUGAAUGACGAUGGCACUGUUCAGUCUUCUGUGGCAGUGGGCACCCCUGACUACAUCUCCCCUGAGAUUCUACAAGCAAUGGAGGAUGGCAUGGGGAAAUACGGCCCUGAAUGUGACUGGUGGUCUCUUGGGGUCUGCAUGUAUGAAAUGCUUUAUGGAGAAACACCCUUUUAUGCAGAAUCAUUAGUGGAAACCUAUGGAAAGAUCAUGAAUCAUGAAGAGCGAUUUCAGUUUCCGUCCCAUGUCACAGAUGUAUCAGAAGAAGCAAAAGACCUCAUUCAGAGACUGAUCUGUAGUAGAGAACGCCGUCUGGGACAGAAUGGAAUUGAGGAUUUCAAAACUCACGCGUUCUUUGAAGGAAUCAAUUGGGAAAACAUACGCAAUUUAGAAGCACCUUACAUUCCAGAUGUCAGCAGUCCUUCCGAUACAUCCAACUUCGAUGUGGAUGAUGAUGUCUUGAGGAAUCCUGAAAUGGUACCUCCUGGUUCUCAUACUGGCUUUUCUGGAUUACACUUACCAUUCAUUGGUUUUACAUUCACAACUGAAAGCUGUUUUUCUGAUCGAGGCUCCCUGAAGAGCAUAAUGCAGUCAAACGCUGUAACCAAAGAUGCGGAUGUGCAGCGUGAUUUAGAGAACAGCUUGCAGAUUGAAGCUUAUGAAAGAAGAAUCCGAAGACUGGAGCAGGAAAAGCUAGAAUUAAGUCGAAAAUUGCAAGAAUCUACACAAACUGUGCAGUCCCUUCAUAGUUCAACUCGUGCAGCAGGAAACACAAACCGAGAUAAAGAAAUCAAAAAAUUAAAUGAAGAAGUUGAACGUUUGAAAAAUAAAAUAGCAGAUUCUAAUAGGCUAGAGCGACAGCUUGAGGAUGCCGUAACACUUCGCCAAGAACAUGAAGACUCAACCCAUAGACUGAAAGGACUGGAAAAGCAGUAUCGAGUACUAAGACAAGAGAAAGAAGACUUUCAUAAGCAACUUGUUGAAACCUCGGAGAGAUUAAAAUCCCAGACAAAAGAACUGAAGGAUGCCCAUCAGCAACGAAAGCUGGCCAUGCAGGAGUUUUCCGAGCUCAAUGACCGGAUGGCAGACCUCCGCUCUCAGAAGCAAAAGAUCUCUCGACAGCUCCGGGACAAAGAGGAAGAGGUGGAAGUGGUCAUGCAGAAAAUUGACUCGAUGAGACAGGAAAUCCGUAAAUCUGAGAAGGCUAGAAAAGAGUUGGAAUCUCAACUGGAAGAUGCAGUUGCUGAAGCCUCAAAGGAGCGCAAACUUCGAGAACACAGUGAAAGUUUUUCUAAGCAGCUGGAAAAUGAACUGGAAGUCCUUAAGGUAAAGCAAGGAGGCCGUGGACUAAGCGCCACGUUAGAGCAUCAGCAGGAGAUCUCCAAAAUCAAAUCUGAACUCGAGAAGAAGGUCUUGUUUUAUGAAGAGGAAUUGGUCAGGCGUGAGGCCUGCCACGUCUUGGAAGUGAAGAAUGUGAAAAAGGAGAUGCAUGAUUCAGAAAGCCUUCAGUUAGCCCUGCAAAAAGAGAUCCUGAUGUUAAAAGAUAAAUUAGAAAAGUCAAAACGAGAAAGGCACAGUGAAAUGGAGGAAGCAGUGGGCACAAUAAAAGACAAAUAUGAGCGAGAAAGAACUAUGCUAUUUGAGGAAAACAAGAAAUUAACCACUGAAACUGAAAGGCUUUGCUCCUUUGUGGAUAAACUGACAGCACAAAACAGGCAACUAGAAGACGAGCUUCAAGAUUUAGCAGCGAAGAAGGAGUCUGUUGCCCACUGGGAGGCUCAGAUUGCAGAAAUUAUUCAAUGGGUAAGUGACGAAAAAGACGCUCGUGGAUAUCUCCAAGCUCUAGCUUCCAAGAUGACAGAAGAACUUGAGUCACUUCGAAGCUGUAGCCUUGGAUCAAGAACACUGGAUCCACUAUGGAAAGUGCGACGUAGUCAGAAGCUGGAUAUGUCAGCCAGACUUGAGUUGCAGUCUGCUCUUGAUGCAGAGAUACGGGCCAAACAGCUUGUUCAAGAGGAGCUAAGAAAGGUCAAAGACACAAACCUGUCCUUUGAGAGUAAACUAAGGGAAUCUGAAGCAAAAAACCGAGAACUUUUAGAAGAGAUGGAAAAUUUGAAGAAGAAGAUGGAAGAAAAAUUUAGGACAGAUGCAGGUCUGAAACUUCCAGAUUUUCAGGAUUCAAUUUUUGAGUAUUUCAACACUUCACCUCUCGCGCAUGAUCUGACAUUUAGAGAUUCUGUUUCUUCCUCGUCUACGUCUUCUCUACUAGCCUUUUGGGAAGAAACCAGCUCCACCAGUGAGCAAGAAACCCCGGGUCCCAAACCAGAAGUCUCACCCUCCACCUCCGUGUCUCUCAGUGCAGAGCAGCAAGAAGGAACGACUCGACUUCAGCAGAGAGUACCUGCUACUCCUUCCCCCAUCAUUCAGUCCAUUUCACUAGCUGUACCAAAGCCUAAAGCUCACCAAUUCAGUAUCAAGUCCUUUUCAAGCCCAACUCAGUGUAGUCACUGCACUUCCCUCAUGGUGGGAUUAGUCCGACAAGGCUACGCCUGUGAGGUGUGUUCAUUUUCGUGCCAUGUUUCCUGCAAAGAUAGUGCCCCUCAGGUCUGUCCUAUACCUCCUGAGCAAUCGAAAAGGCCUCUCGGAGUAGAUGUGCAGCGAGGGAUAGGAACCGCCUACAAAGGUUACGUCAAGGUUCCAAAGCCUACAGGGGUGAAGAAAGGAUGGCAGAGAGCAUAUGCAGUUGUCUGUGACUGUAAGCUCUUCUUGUAUGAUUUACCCGAAGGAAAAUCCACCCAGCCUGGAGUUGUUGCAAGCCAAGUUUUAGAUCUCAGAGAUGAAGAUUUUUCUGUAAGCUCUGUCCUAGCAUCAGAUGUAAUACAUGCUACCCGCCGAGACAUCCCUUGUAUAUUCAGGGUGACAACCUCUCUCUUAGGAUCUCCUUCUAAGACCAGUUCCCUGCUGAUCCUGACAGAAAACGAGAAUGAAAAGAGGAAGUGGGUGGGAAUCCUAGAAGGGCUCCAGUCAAUUCUGCAGAAAAACAGACUGAAAAACCAAGUUGUACAUAUUCCACAAGAAGCCUAUGACAGCACACUGCCUCUGAUUAAAACCAUUGUAACUGCUGCUAUAAUCGAUCGGGAUAGGAUAGCUGUCGGUACAGAAGAAGGGCUGUAUGUGAUAGAAGUGACCCGUGAUGUAAUCGUCCGAGCUGCCGACUGCAAGAAGGUGUACCAGAUAGAGCUUGCUCCCAAAGAGAAAAUUAUCAUUCUCGUCUGCGGGCGGAACCAUCAAGUGCACCUGUACCCGUGGUCGUCCCUCGAUGGCUCCGAAGGCAACUUUGACAUUAAGCUUCCGGAAACUAAAGGCUGCCAGUUUAUAAUAACCGCCACCCUGAAGAAGAGCGCCUCAACUUGUCUGUUUGUGGCCGUAAAGCGACUGGUUCUUUGCUAUGAAAUCCACAGAACUAAACCUUUCCACAAAAAGUUCACGGAGAUUCUGACCCCAGGAAACGUACAAUGGAUGGCAGUGUUCAAGGACAAGCUCUGUGUUGGCCACCCAUCUGGGUUCUCUCUGUUGAACAUCCAGGGAGAUGGACAAUCUCUGAACCUGGUAAAUCCUAAUGACCCCUCGCUUAUGUUCCUCUCACAACAAUCUUUUGAUGCCCUUUGUGCUGUGGAGCUCAGUAAUGAGGAGUACCUGCUUUGCUUCAGCCAUAUGGGAUUGUACGUGGAUUCACAAGGUCGGAGGUCACGCAUGCAGGAGCUAAUGUGGCCUGCAACUCCUGUUGCCUGUAGCUGCAACUCUUCCUAUGUCACAGUGUACAGUGAGUAUGGCGUGGAUGUCUUUGAUGUUAAUUCAAUGGAAUGGGUUCAGACUGUUGGUCUCCGCAGGAUCCGACCACUAAAUGUAGAAGGCACACUGAACCUCCUUAACUGUGAGCCUACUCGACUGAUAUACUUCAAGAACAAGUUUUCAGGAGCUGUGCUCAGUGUGCCAGAAACUUCUGAUAAUAGCAAGAAACAAAUGCUCCGAACCAGAAGUAAAAGGCGAUUUGUCUUCAAGGUUCCCGAGGAAGAGCGGUUACAGCAGAGGAGAGAGAUGCUCAGAGAUCCAGAACUAAGAUCAAAAAUGAUAUCGAACCCAACAAACUUUAAUCACGUGGCUCAUAUGGGACCAGGAGAUGGGAUGCAGGUUCUGAUGGAUCUCCCUCUGAGCGUUCUGCCUUCCUCGCAAGAUGAAAAGCCCGGCCCGCCCCCGACCAACCUCUCCCGACAACCGCAGUCAAGGAACAAAACCUACAUUUCGUGGCCCUCUUCAGGGCCUGGUGAUUUGGGAGUGGCCAUGCCUUUAAGAAGUACAUCAGAUCCGGACCAGGAUGGUGAUAGAGAGCCUGAUUCGGAUUCCACCAAACACUCGACUCCGUCUAACAGCUCGAACCCGAGUGGUCCCCCAAGCCCCAACUCCCCCCAUAGGAGUCAGCUCACACUAGACGGGCUGGAUCAGUCGAGCUGUGACGCCUAACCCUCCAGCCGGCUCCAGCUUCUCCUCCACACCUCCCCGUCCCGCCCAGGCGGGGCCGGCCCAACUCCCGCAGUAGGGCCCGGCCACCCGCUUGACCCCUCUCUAGUGUUGCACAAGACCGGCUAUAGAUCCAGACCGUAGACAAGCGAUUCGGAAGGGAUCACGAGAGCGGUGCGGGCUGGUACGCAGCGUUGCUCAGUGGUGAUGCAUAUGCAUUUCUACCCAGCUGCGAUAGGUAAAGCAUUAAAGGCCACCAAGAAACAAUCCAAUUCUUAUGCCGAGAAAGAAACAGAGAGAUCCGGAGGUGCUGGUAGUGUUAGUGCUAAACAGUAUCAGCGAUAUUAUUUUUCUAUAGAAUGAGGUAAUGUCUCAUGAGCAGGAAAUCCUUUUAGACAGAAUACCGACCCCUGCCUAGGAAGUGCAGGCAGGUCUGGUUCCAUCCUCAGCUGAAUGUGCUUGUCCCCGUUCCCUAAGACCCUAGGAGAAUGAGAGGAAGCUCGCCCUUGCUCCCGGCGUCACCAGAACCGGGCAGUCAGAUGAAAGCUGGGGUUUGUUUGUGGCCUUUUUACUCGUUCAGCCAUUACGCAUUCAGCUGCAGAGAACAACAGUCUUGGCAACUUUGUAGUCUUGUAUAUAGGCUGUACCAGAAACGCUCCCCCAUCCCCUCUUCCCUAACCCCGCUAAUCUGCUUCUUCGUCCUCUUGAAUCGUGACCCACGGUCAGGGCUUUUUAGACACCAGAAACCACUACUGUGAAAACCAGUUUUACUCUUCCGUGUCCCGCGGCCCUCGGCGGAGAAAUGGUUUCUCUUGUUUUUCAGCGUAAAGAUACACUACACUUUUAUCUAGCCAGGAUCCUUGCAGCCUAGAGCGGACUGGGCAACGGCCUCACACUAAACGUUGGUCCGUUUCUCAGCUUCCAAAGUGGAAUGGGAGGGAAUCUGUCAGUGAGGGUGCUGCUUUCUCAUUCGUUGUAUCCUCACCCGCAUGAAGACCCCAUGAUUAUGAAGUGUUGAUCAUGUAGAAAGAUGCCACCCCACACUCCUGUAUAUUUCCCUUGGGACCGCGUGUAUAUUUAAUCUCAUGCUUCCAUGUAUUAUACGUUUAGUAAUCAAAGAUUUGUGACCACGUUUCAUUAAAAGCUUGUAAUUAAUUCCA